AUGUCCUCUCCAUCGUCUUCGAGCUCGGCAAAACGAAAGCGGACAACCGCUUCAGAACAGCUCCAAUCUGCAGCGGCCCAACUACAGCAGCCCUCCUCCCGGGAUGCAUCUGGCGAAGAGCUCGCCGAGUCGCCCUCCGCCUCUCACGGCACUCGAACACGCAAACAUACUUCUAGCAACUCGGUCGACAACAACGUGCCGCCUAACAAGCGGGCCCGUACUCGAUCAGGAGCAAAAGCCACGGGAACCAAUGGCGAGGGACACGAGGAAGAACAAGGGGUCGAGGAGGACACCACGAAACAGCACAUGAGUAUCCCGAGCUCGGUGACGAAGGCCCGUGUUAUUGGAGGUGAUACUAUGCCAGAGCCGCCGAAGGCCGGCCUGAGGGACCCCGUAGGAGGCUACAAGACCAACCCUCCACCUAUCGGGAGACCCGUCCGGGUUUAUGCUGACGGUGUAUUCGACUUAUUCCACCUUGGACACAUGCGCCAACUGGAACAAGCCAAAACGGCAUUUCCCAACACUUACCUUAUUGUCGGAGUCACGGGCGACGCAGAAACCCACAAACGGAAAGGCCUGACGGUGCUCACUGGGGCAGAAAGAGCAGAAACUGUCCGUCAUUGCAGGUGGGUGGACGAAGUCCUCCCAAACUGCCCGUGGAUUGUCACAGCCGAGUUCCUCGAGAAACAUCAGAUCGACUAUGUGGCCCACGACGAUGAACCCUAUGGUGCAGACGAAGGAGACGACAUUUAUGCUCCCAUCAAGAAGGCCGGCAAAUUUCUUGUGACGCAGAGGACAGAAGGAGUUUCCACAACAGGAAUCAUCACCAAGAUCGUCCGCGACUACGAAAAAUAUAUUGCCCGCCAACUGAAGCGAGGAACCAGCCGCCAAGAGCUAAAUGUCAGCUGGCUCAAGAAGAAUGAGCUGGACAUCAAAAGGCACGUGCAAGAACUCAGAGACAGCAUCAAGACGAAUUGGAGCACCGCUGGCGGAGAGAUUGGACGCGAUCUCCGACAGUUUUGGCAGAACGCCAGCUCAAGACCAGCAAGCCCAGCUCCGUUUAAUAGACAGCUCAGUGAUGGCCUUAGGAGCCCAAGCGCCGCUAGUGCUGUCGACCAUCUGAAACACCUGGAGGUUCCCGGCAGCGCCGAGAAGCGGAGUGAGUCUCCUGGGCGAUUCAGCCGAAGUGAAGACUUUGCAGCUGGCUACAGCUUGGGGUUGAUCGGAGGAGUCAAGUCAUGGAUGAUGCGUGGCAGGCGAGCGCUCCGGGAUAGUCAAGCACCCAGUCCCGAAGGCAGUGAGGAUGAUGAAGCUAGAAGCCCCGUCAGCAACUUCGGAGAUGAAACCAUCGAGCUUAAGACACCCCCAAUGGGUCGAGGUAGAAAGAGCAAUGAGGCCACGGGCUCUGGAGACUCAAAGCGGGAUGCUAUGGAUGUAAUGCACUGA